AUGUCUCCAAAGCUCGAAGCUGUCUACGCCAACACGUGCCUUCUGCCUCGCGUAAGGUAUCUACGCGAGAUGGCCUGCCACAUUGAGAUGGAGCAGUGGAAGCGACGGGCCAGGGACACAAACGCGCAUGCCCAAAAAUGUCAAGAGGAAAAGGAACGCCGUGCCGCCCUGGAAGAAGAGCUUCGGGGCCGCCUCAAUCUGAUCAAUUUCGAGAUGCUGCGAAAAGAAGAUCAGGUGAAGGAGUUGAAGACCGAGUUAGCCACGGCUGAACUUGAUAGAGACCAGAUGCGGGCCGAGAUCGAGACGUCGCAGGUUGCGCAGGCCAACCUACAGCUGCGUAUUGACCAAGCCGAGGAGGAAAAGACGAAGAGUGUGAAGAAAGCUAGUUCUGCAUCCAAGAAGCGUUGGAAGACCAAAGAGCAACAACUCCGGGCAACUAUUCGCAGCUUGGAGGGCGACAUGGAACAGGAGAAGGGUGAUCUUGAAGCGGAGAUCAGCGCUUUGAGGGAAAAGGAGAUACUGUUUCAAAAGCAGUCUGAAGAUGCGAGUAUCAAUACCAAAAAUUUGGAGUUCAACAUUGAGAAGCUCAAAGACAGCCAUUCGAGAGAGGGAGAGAAGGCCAAGUCACUCCAAGAGCAGCUUGACGAGCACAAGAAACGGGAGGAUUCCGUCCAGCGACUUGAGCAACACUUGACUAGCAUCUCUACCAAGGUGGAGAAGCUGACCGAGAAAUCAGCUCAGGCUGAUGGCGUCUCAUCCAACGUCAUGGACAGGUCAGCUACCGAAGUUCUUGAUCUUGCAGAAGCUAACCUGGUUAGACUGGACAAGCUGUUGGAGCUCGUUAAAUCCACCCCAAGAGCGCCAGAUGCGGACGCAAUCGGGGGCAUAUUGAAAGAAUUUCAGGAUCAGGUGGUGUCCAACUUUGCCCAAGAAGUCAAGCACAUGACGACCGCGCAGUCUGACGUCCAGGGCAAGGUCCAGAGCAUCCAAGAGUGUUUGCGCACCCAGUCGGCUCUUGUUGCCGAACACAAGGAACAACAGCAACAGCUUCUGCAAUGCCUUUCGAAGCAGGGGGGAGAGAGUGCCAGUGUUUGGCAACUGCUUCGAUCGAAAGAGGAGCAGUUAAACAAUACGGCUAAUGCCGUCAUCGAGAUGCGCCAACGGUUUGAGGCAUUCAUCAAGACCAGCGAGGAUCACGACCGCGGAGGCGCCUCGGACGCAGAUCUUCGUGCAGCAGUAGAGCGUUUGAGGGAGAGCGAAGCCAAGGUGGCUCAUCUGGAGACCAACCUCCGGAACGAGCACACCGCUCACGAGGCUCGAGAAACAAUCCUGAAGGAACGCCUCACUACGUUGGAAGCGAGCAGAGGCUCCAUGGAGCGCGAGACCACCGAAGAGAGAGCGAAGUUUGCGACGGUUUCGACUAAGAACCAAAAACUGGAGAAGAGCCUUGCAGAUGCCAACCAGAGAGUUUGCAACCUGACAAUGAAGCUUCGCGAUUCUCAGACCGCUCAAAAAGACCCAACAGACGUCGAGGAGAAGACACCUCAGGAGCUGGAAAGAGAGCUACAAGAGCAACACAGAGUGAUGAGCCUUUGUCACAAGAUGCUCGAAGACAUUCAAGAAGUGCGAGUAAGAGAGGCCACCCAAGAAGCAGCACUUGCUUACAAGGGUAACGAGUCUACCAACCUCCAAGAGCCCGGAAGCUCAUCAUCAUCUCAUGGGAGUUCUCAAAUGUCAACGGCCGACAAGAACGGAUGGGACAGUAAUGAUGAUGAGAUUGAGGUUUCUCGCACAGCCCCAGUGGCCGAAGCUGACAAGGACUAUGAAAUCGUCAUUUCUGAUAAUUCCGAUGAUUCCGAUGGCGAGGAGGACGACGUCUUGGUUCCGGAUACGCAGCUCGAUGAGCGCGCCGUGCAAGUGAAGCGCUUGGUCAUGCGCAGUCCAAUCGAGGAGCCGGACCAGUCGCCAGAGCCACCCUCAGUGGCCGAAGAGAGGCAGAAACGGCGUAGUUCGACGAACCCGGGGUCGGGCCCAACUGGCAUUCUUCGGCGCACGACGUCCAGUCUGCAACCAGUGGCCGUUGACGCUCCAGGAUCGACCCAAGAAAUCUCACUCAUUACCCAUGCUGGUCACACUAGGUACAACCGGCCUGUGGGAAGUGGGAAUGCCAUUGCAAGUGCCCAGUUCCUUGUGCCAAGGAGGCGCAACGGCACAGGCAAGUCAAAAGCUGUCACUGCAGGCAAUGUCCGUAGCGCAAGCAUCCUGUCGUCGCCGUUCUUGAGGCAGCUUCAACCGCAAGGAGUCAAGCGAGCCCAAUCACAACCACCCGAUGGUCGACAGCCAAAGCGUACCAAGUCAGUGUACGACGAACUGAGCAGUGACGAUCCGUUGUCCUCGUCCUAUGCACACGAACCUGACGGAAUCAAUGCUGACGAGACCGAAACUGACAGCCAUACACUUCGUUCUCCCCACUUUCGGAAGGGCAAGGAGACAAUCGCUGCGACGCAGAAUCUUAAGCAGGGACCCGCCAGACAGCCUCUUGCAGAGAAGACCCACGGGCCUCAGCAGCCGCCGUCUUCAUCCAACGACAGACGCAUCUUGAAGACCUAUUCCAAGACUCCGGAGGCUGACGACCUCGUGAGGGCAAAGGUCAACAUUUUUUGA